GCAUUAAUAAAAAUAUUUUUAAAACUACAUCACGAUUUCUCAAUGGAGUACAUUGAGAUAUACAAUGACGAUGUGUAUGAUUUAUUAGUAGACGCAAACGAUAUAUCACUGAAAAAAACAAAAAAUAUGAGAUUGAAUAAAAAAAUAAAGUUCAGUAUUAUUCCAAAUGGUGACAUCAACUUUAAAAAUUUGACAAAAAUAAAAAUUAAUAAUUGUAUUGAUGCCAUGAAAAUGAUGGUGGUGGGUGACAAAAGGAAAAGUGUGUCACCCACGCGUAUGAAUGCGCAAUCGAGUAGAUCUCAUUGUAUAUGCACAAUAAGUUAUGAAAAUAAAUAUAACGAAAUGAAGCUAAAUUUGGUGGAUUUAGCAGGGACGACGAAAUCAGUACGGACAUAGCAUAUGACGUUCAUGACGGUCGACCCGAACCCUAUGACUUAGCCAUCUGAGACGGUAUCAUCAACGUUCCGGAGGUCGAUGUGAUAAUACCAUCCGUUAUGGAAUCCGGCGAUGGAACUAAUGAUGACCAGAAGGGUUUGAAUGCUUAUUUUCAACAAAUUCAAACUUAACCAAAGAUGAAGAAUUAUCAUUCAAAAAAUUGAUAGAAUUUUAUAGUCC